UGUUUGUAUUUCUAGAGAAAGAUAAUUCAGAUAAAAUCAUUUUGCCGGCAUUUCAUAUCGAUCGAAUGGAUUUAGCCUCCGUGAUUUUUUUCAAGGCCAUCCUGUUCAUCAAGUAAACAUUGUUGCAUAUAUCCAUGUAAAUGGCGAUAUGAAGAGAUGAAGAAGAGUAUUUUGGAUGUUUUUCAUCAAUAUGCGUGUUUGACGCAAUGAAUACUCGCCAUACCACCACCACCACUUGGAUCCAAAAAAUGUCGAUCCGUGGUAAUAUAAAAAAGAUAUUAUUUCCCCAUAUUGUAAAGCAUAUUAAUAUUUCGUUAUGUGGUGCUUCCAUAUUUUUCAUCGCAUAUUUAAUGUUUGAUUUGAUAUCAACAUUAAUCAAUGAAAUUCAAAAUGGUCAAUCACCUGAUGAUAAAUUAUCGAUGAAAACUGGAAAAGUAUUAUACUAUUUUCGUAAUUUUUUUCUACUCAUGUUGUUGGCAUUGAUACAAUUAUUCGGAAUGGUUGGUGCAUUGAAACAAAAUCGAAAUAUCCUCACAACGUUCAUUUGCUGUCUGAUGGUAUCGUUUGUCAUAAUGAUGAUCGAUUAUCUUACCACUGAUAAUGGUUAUCUUGCAUUGGGUAUAUUUUUCCUAAUACAAUCAUUGUUUGCUUAUCUACUAAUCUGGCUCAAUCAAUAUCGUGGUCGUCAAAUAUCCAAUAUACAUUAUAUACCUAUGCCUCCGGAUGACGAAUUACAUGGUCAAAGACAUUCAUCAUUUUCAUCCGACUCGAUGCGAUUCUAACUUUUUCGAACAAGGAAAAAUUGUGACAAAUGUGAUAUGCAUCAAUUGAUUGACUGGAUCAAUAUUGUUUUAAUUAUGAC